AUGAUUGCAAUGCACCGGAACAGAACUAGACAUAGUAUGGAGCAACAAUUUGUUGAACUGAUACAAGAACCAUCUGGAGAAUUCGAAAAUUUCCAUCGAAUGUCUUUGACGGAUUUUAAUUACUUGCUUUCCAAAGUUCUGCCACUUAUCUCUAAGCAAGAUACUCAUUUAAGGGAAGCUAUACCUGCCAAGAUUCGUUUAGCAGUCACUUUGAGAUUUUUAGCAACUGGCGACAGUUUUAAAAGCCUGCACUAUUUAUUUAAAAUUUCAAGUCAGUUAAUUUCAAAAAUAGUAGUUGAUGUUUGCAAAGCUCUUAACGACGUUCUUAAGGAUGAAAUAAAGGUAGAUGUUUAA